AUGUUCUUCAUUGUUCUUAUGAUCAGUAUCACUUCAUCGAUAUAUGGCGUUUAUCAAUCGAACAUCAAAUUUACCUCUAUGGGUCUCGAAUACACACCAAUCAAUAAUGUUCAAUUAAUAGCAACGAAAUACAUUCAAACUAAAUUUCUCUGUUCAGCAGCAUGCAAUCAAGAAUCAUCUUGUCGUAUAUUCGACUAUGACUUGAUAUCAAAACGAUGUCGACUAUUUGAAGGUGAUUCUACAACAGGAUCUAUUAAUUUAUCAUCGUCACCAACAUCUAUUGUUGGCGUUGUUAGUAUUUCAUCAAGUAUUUAUUCAUCAAUUAAUAAUCAACUUUGCCAAGCAUGUAAAGGAAAUCGAUACGAAGUCUGCUCUGCGGAAACAAACCUAUGCCAAUAUCCAGUACAUACAUAUUGGAAUGGAUCUCUAUGUGCAUUACAACUAUUUGAAAAUGGCACAUGCGAGUAA